GAACACCACUCUUAUACUCCCUUGGGCUAAAGAAUUUUCAGUAGCUGGUGCUUCUGGUCUGACUUCUCACUUUCAGCUUAAUGCCUCUAGAUUACAGCUCCUCCUCGCAAGUGAAGCAGGAUGUGAUCAGCGGCAAGAUACGAGGCUACCAGGCUGUCCUGGUUUGUGAUGGUUUUCCUCUUCAGUUCAGCAAAGAGCAAAAGCAGGAGAGUGCAGAAGUAGCACUCGUGUUUCAAAGCAGGGAGGAACUCAAAAAAAACAAACCAAAGGACAAAGAUUGGCACAUCUCUAAAGAAGAAGCCAAAAGAAAGAAAUCGAAGAUCAUAUUCUUCACCUAUCCAGCGCUAUGUCUUGCCCUACACACAGAAGACCAGAAUACCGUAAAAUAAACAAAGAUCUUUUCGUCCUCACCUAUGGAGCUCUGGUUGCCCAACUGUGUAAGGAUUAUGAGAAAGAUGAAGAUGUGAAUAAAUAUUUAGAUAAGAUGGGAUAUGGCAUUGGAACACGGCUGGUGGAGGACUUUUUGGCUCGCUCUUGUGUAGGAAGAUGCCAUAGCUAUUCAGAAAUCACAGACAUAAUUGCCCAGGUUGCUUUCAAGAUGUACUUGGGAAUUACACCAAGUGUGACCUGUAACAAUUCAAGCAGAAACGAAUUUUCUCUGAUUCUAGACAAGAAUCCUCUGGUGGAGUUUGUGGAAGAGCUCCCCGCUGGACGGUCUUCUCUGUGCUACUGUAAUUUACUCUGUGGGAUUAUCAGAGGUGCCCUGGAAAUGGUUCAUUUGGCUGCUGAUGUUACAUUUUUGCAAGACAGACUAAAAGGCGACAGUGUGACAGAAAUAGGAAUAACAUUUCUGAAAAAGCCAGAGGAGAAAAAAUAUAGACGGAAAAAAUAGGAGAAAAAAUAUAGAUGGUAAAAAUGAAGAAUAGCGUGCAAAAUGCCACAGGGUGGCUAGUUGAGCAGUUAAUGUUAGCUAAACAUAUACAGCCAUAGAAAUUUUGAAUUGCUUAAUAACAUGGGCUUUAAAAGGCUUAUAGAUCAGCCAGAAAUUUGAAAUGUAGAGCACUAGGAUUUAGAGCUGUCUUUUUUCUUUGCCUGUAAAUCACACAUUCGCAAUCUCAUGUCCACGAGAUUUCAUAUAUAAAUAACUCCCUGUAAGAUGGCAAACAUGAAAUCCACAUAUUACGUAGUCCAUGCAAAGAGAAUCUACUCAUUUCACUUAUUAUUGUAAGGAAAAAAAAAGCAUACCACCUAUACAGUUGAUCUAUUUAUCCCUUCUCGUUGGAAGAAUGGAUGAAAUGAUACACUAUAGAAUUCCUACAUAGAAACAGUUUCUAGUACCAUAUAUUGCACUCUCUAUAGAAACAAUGCCAUUUGUAACACUUUUCCAUAUUCUUGAGAAACUAUGGAUGUGAUUUUUCUCAUAUAUUGGCUUGGCUUAUAGCUUCAGCCUCCUGAAGCUACUCUUGGCUUGUAAUCAACAAGACAAGCUAUUUAUUUGGAUGUUAAUUCUAAACAUUUAAAAAUAGCAUCUCAUUUUAAUUCAUUUAAUUUUUAGACAGCAGGUAUUAACCAAAUUCCUUCAUUUUCUCAUGAAAUGUUAGUGAUGAUCAGGCCAGGAGAUCUCUAAAAUGAGAGGUAAACCAUAUUCUUUGAGAAUACUUUCUUACCCCAAAGGUUAUUCAGUUACAAUUUUUGCUAUCAUUUUUAUCCCCUAAAAUCUUACAGGUAUGUUUUGUCUGUGACCAGAACAUAUUUACAAUUCAAAAUGUACUGGGUAAAAUAAACAGUACUCUUUACCAGACCAUUGGCAUUCAAAGGCAGCCUUUACAGCAGUCCAGAGUCUGCUAGGCUCUGCAGUGGACUCAAAUUACAAGUAAAAGUAACAAUUAGUGUGGCACUAUCAGUUAAAACUGGUGUUAAGUGAUAUAUGCUAGUGAUAGACCUCAACUAGGACUCAGGAGCCUGAAGAUACAGAC